UCUCGGCGUCCUCCGAAGGAGGCAGAGCCCGUCGGGAAAAAAUUCCGUCUAGUCUCGGCGUCCUCCCGAGGAGGCAGAGCCCGUCGGAGAGCUCCGGGAGGAUCCGUCGGAGCUGUAGUGUUUUCCCUUCAGGCAUCAGGUUUGCUGGAAAUUUCUCCCGUGGAAAGAGGAGUGGUGAGCAUAUUCGGUGUUCGAAGUGGACUCUUCGUGGCCAUGAAUAGCAAAGGCAAACUCUAUGGAUCUACCCAUUUCAAUGACGAGUGUAAAUUCAAAGAGAUUCUCCUGCCAAACAACUACAAUGCUUACGAAUCCAGGAUUUAUCCCGGGAUGUACAUAGCCCUGAGCAAAAAUGGAAGAACAAAGAAAGGCAAUAAAGUGUCUCCCACAAUGACAGUGACACAUUUUCUUCCUAGAAUUUGA